CGAGUCAAAUCAUUUAUAUUCGACAACCGUUUAAUAAAAAAUACAGAGGUGUCAUCUGAGGUUGAAAAGUCCAGCUUGACGUUACGACAUAAUAAAUUAAUUACAUACUAAUUUAUUUCAUUAUAGUUCUUAUAAGCACAGUGUAUAUGCCUCAAAAUAGCAAUCAAGAGGUGAUAAGAAAGUUGUUCGUCUUAAAGUAAUUAGAUAAAUAAGACAAACACAUAGAUUUUUAGUAUCUUAAAGUUACUCGCAGUGUUAAGACGAAAAAAAAUUAAUGAAAGUAAAAUGAAGUUAACAACAAUUAGCAUCUUGAUUCUUUCUAUAUAUUAUAAUCUAGAUACAUCAGCUGAAGAGUUUCGCCCUAGAGUAACAACACCUCUAGGCGUUAUCGAAGGAGGUGUAGGAUUAUCAGUCAACCUAAAUCCUUACUUUAAAUUUGAAGGAAUACCGUAUGCAAAACCACCAGUAGGAAAUUUAAGGUUUGAAGAGCCUGAAGAUCCAGAACCGUGGAAAGGUAUUUGGAAAGCGAAUUCCUUAACAACAUGUAUGCAAUACGACCAUUUCGAAAAAGAUGUCCAAAAUAAUUAUCGCGUUCAUGGUGAUGAGGAUUGCCUUUACGUUAAUGUUUAUACGCAUUCCUUGAGCGACAAAGCAAACUUGGAUGUUCUGGUUUUCAUUCAUGGAGGCGCUUUUAUGUUUGGAAGAGGUGCCAGCUAUGGACCGGAAAUUAUCAUGGACAGAAAAAUAGUUUUUGUUAAUUUUAACUAUCGACUGGGACCGCUAGGAUUUCUAAGCACCGAAGAUGAGGUGAUACCCGGAAAUAUUGUUAAAGACCAAAUAAAGGCUUUGAAAUGGGUCAAGAACAACAUACAAUACUUUGGAGGAAACCCUGAUUCUAUUACAAUCUUUGGACUGUCUGCUGGUGGUGCUAGCGUACAUUUUCACUAUUUCACUCCUGAAUCCAAAGGACUAUUUAAAGCUGGCUUUUCGCAAAGCGGUUGCAUGUUGAACUCGUGGGUCCUCGCAGAAAACUCCAAAGAAAAAACACAAAAAUUAGCAGCUCUUGUUGGUUGUCCCACCGAUGCCUCGAAAACCAUAUUGGAUUGCCUUAAAUCAAAACCUGCAAGACAAAUUGUUCAAGCCGUAAAAGAGUAUCAACCGUUCCUUUACAAUCCAUUUUCACCGUUCGGUGCAGUGGUAGAUGGGAAAUGGUCUAAAAAUCCAAAGUUCUUCAGACCCCCUACUUCUAUUCCUACGGGAAAACAGAUGACAACAUAUUUGAUUGAUAUUGAUACAAAGUGGAACGAAAUUAUGCCUUUUGUUUUACAUUACAAUGAAACUAUAGAUCAGACGCUGAAAGACGAAGUAUCCCAGACGAUCAGAGAUCAUUACUUAGGAAACAAUCCUGUCAACAAAGAAACCUACAACAGUUUGGUUCAAGUAAGUUUUCGGUAG